AUGUCCGAUGAUGAGGCAGACCCCGAGCUCGUAGAGCUUCUGCGCCAGCAUUUUCAGGGGAAACUAGACAUAAAGCAAGAAUCCGAGACCGGCGUUCUCGAAGAUUGCGAGUAUGUUUUCGACAGCAGCAUUGAUAUUGCCAUUGACAUGCGACAUUGCAAGAAGGCCGCUGAAGAGAUUUACACCCAGAUGCAGAAAAGGGACUACUCGACAAGCACCUGGUCGGAGCAUGAGCUUCACCCCAAAGCCAAGGAUGAAGCAACGGUGAACUUCAUCUUCACCAUGGACCUGCUGAACUUCUCCUUUUGGUCCGAAUUGCCCGAUAAGGAGAGAUUUGCCAUUGAAUACAAGGGAAAGCGCUGGACAGGUUACUGGAGCCUUGUGGCCGCUCUUCAAAGAGCCUUAGAUGAGGGGAUUCCAAUCACCAGCCCCCAGUACUGGCAGGAUGAGGAGAAAUGCAACUUGGAUUCAUUACGCCAUGUAUUCCGCUCGUGUACCGAGGAGGAAAUGCCGCUGCUCAAAGAGCGACUGGACUGCCUCAGAGAGGCUGGCCAAGUUCUUGAAGAGUAUUACGAUUCAUCAGUUGUCAACCUUAUUGAUGAAGCAGAUGGUUCUGCUGCAAGUCUCGUCAACAUCCUUGCCAAGGAUUUCGACUGUUUCCGUGACGAGCAUCCCUUCAAGGACCGGGAGAAGCCCAUUCGCUUCCUCAAACGCGCGCAGAUCCUUGUAGCAGAUCUGUGGGCUUGUUUUGAUGGCAAGUCCUACGGAGAAUUUGACGACAUUGAUAAAAUUACCAUGUUCGCGGACUAUCGGAUCCCUCAAGUUCUCAUCUCAAUGAACGCCCUCUACUGCAGCCCAGUUGUCGCAGCAGCCAUCCGAGACAAGCAGAUGCUAACAAAUGGGAGUUCGUGGGAGAUGCAGUUGCGAGCCUGCAGCAUCUGGUGUGUUGAGCUCAUCCGGAGAGAGAUCAAGAGAAACCACCCGAAAGCACACAUUAAUGCUAUAUUGAUUGACUUCUUUUUGUACGACAAGAUGAAAGAGUUGGAGGAAGCCGGGGAAGAGCCGAUUCCGCAUCAUCGGACUAGAAGCAUUUGGUACUAG